UGUACGGGAGUUCACUAUCGCCGCGUUUAAUAUUUAAAUGGCGGCCGCUAAACUAAUCCAGCUAGUGAAAGAACGCCCUGCGAUAUGGCAAGUAUCGGACAAACGUUACAAGGACAAGUCAGCCAGGGAGCGUGCGUGGAAAGAAAUUGCAAAGGAGAUUGGGAAAGAUGAUUUAAUGAUCAGAAAACGCUGGAAAAAUCUAAAGGAUGCAUUUAGAAAGGAGCUAAAGAGAGUACUAGUUCAGGAUAUUGAAGCGUCCAGUUGGCAACACUUUGAACAACUGUCAUUCAUAACGGAAGCUAUAUUGAAAGGGAUACGGAAUAAGGAUAUCAAUGCGCUCUCCACUGAAGAGACUGCUGAUGGGGACUCGGACGACCCACUGUCCGUCAAAACAGAAAUACCAGAAGCAGAGCCCAGUACUUCCAUGGACGGCAACAGUACUUUGGAAAUUUCAUAUGCGAAUGACGAUUCAAUGAGCCAUUUGGCAAACCGUAAUUUAAAUGUCAUGCAACAUAAUAAUAAAAGGAAAGCACUAGAGGAUGAAUACGACGCGGAUUAUAUGUUUCUAGUAAGUCUCCUGCCAACAAUGCGGCAGUUAUCGGAGAUUCAGAAACUGCAGUUCAGGGGAAAGGUGAACCAGUGGCUGCUGGAAGCAGUGUCGCAGGACUACAACCAACCGUAUAAAAGAAAAUUAGAUGUGGAGAGUGAUGAUUCUUUUGAAUGAUUGAGAACGGGCAGAAAUGCAAGCUUUUUACAUGUUUUAUUUAUCAUAAGUUUGGAAUGUAUCGGACGUUAAUGGUGGAAGGGGUAUUUGGAUGGUUUUUCCAGUCCCAUUCUACUAUGUGGAAUUAUACGUUCCAAAGUCAGAUGCUGGUAGAUGAGUAUAAUAAAUAGUUAGUCAGUCCUAGAAAAUGUUUUCAGAGUCAGUGAUGAUUUACGCUCGAAAUUAAUAAUAAAUCAAAUCCAAAAUCUUCAGAUAGCAAAUUAAAUUAAGAGGAUCUAUACUUUUAUUACUCUUCCAUGUAGAUAAUUAUAUCACUGAAUUCCUCCGGCUUUGGAUUAGAUUGUUUAUUAAUACAAUCCGUUAGAAAACAAGGGUUUAGAGCUAAACAAUGCCACGCUGCAGAUCGGCACCCUAAGUAACGAAAUGAGUUUGGAAACAAAUCUAUAGUUUGAUUUACUAUCGUAACUGAAUAUAACCUGCACAAGUCGUUAAUAUAAACAGCGUUACGCAAGGGACUAAAAGACUGCAAGAAGUAUAUAAUGUUAAUAAAUGAAAAGUUAAUGUACAGAUAAGCAUAAGUUUUUAUACACUUUGAAUGAACACGAUUAA